AUGGGUGCAAGUUGUUCUGGACAUUCUUCUCCAUAUCAUUAUGGAUUCCCUGCAAGGAAUAGAAGAACUGUUAUCUCUGAAUCAGAUUCAAAUCAUUUCAACAAAAAUUAUUUAAUUGAAGGAACAGAAUUUUGGUCAGAGAAAAGAUAUCGAGAAAAGAAUUAUUUAAGAAAUGGUAAAAAAGGAAGAUAUGAUAAUUGUCAAAAUAAAUCGGAUAAUAUAUACCAAAAAGAGCAAUGUGAUUAUUACUGGACUUCUUCAAUUUCUCCAAAUAACAAUAAUAUUUUAACAAAACAAAUAUCCCAAGAAUUAAAUAAACAACCAAAAAUAAUUAAUCAAACAAAUUCUUUAACAACACAACAAUUUGGACAAAAAUUAAAUAAUAAUAAUACAAAAAAGACUAGUUUAGUACAACCAUAUGGAAUUCAAUCUAGAUAUUUACCUAUUAAUAUUUAA